GUUAAACUCUAGAGCCUAGGCUGGCCGCGUCUCUCGCGAUAAACGCCGACGCGCGAGGCAUUUUCAUGUUUCGACAAAACGAUGAGCCGCCGAGCGAUGCGUAUUGCGGGAGAUGCGUUUCCGCGCGGAAGCGCGUGCCGCGGUCGCUGGGGUCGCUGGGUCGCUCGCUUGAGCACGAAGCUUGUUAACAUGGCAGACGUUCGGUGUCUCUAGUGUUGUCGGAGUGUUCGUGCGACUGCGAGGGUACAAAACAGUGGGUUCUGUUACCGAAGGGCACUACGAUUGUUGUUGAUGUACACGGAACGAUUCUGAUCGAUGCACGUCUCGAUCUGAUCUCGACGUCCACGUGCGAGUUUUACGCGCGCGUCAUAGAAGGCCAAGGAAGCAGCAGCACCAGCAGCAGCAGCAGCAGCAGCAGCUUGAUAUUACCGAGACUCUUCGCCGAGGGUCUACCGACGUCUCUCGCCAAUCAACCUCGACGACGUCUCCGUGCGCGCGCGCGCGUCCGAGAGCGAGAAAGAGACAGACAGAGAGAGAGAGAGGGAGCGGAAAGGAGCGAGUGUUUUUCUUUUUUUUAAACAUUCGUCCACUUUGUUUAUCAGCUCGCGGGAACACGAUGGAAUUGGCCGCGUCGUGAUACGCGGCCCGGCGGAGCUCUCUUCUCGAGGUGGCUUGACGUCUACGCGCCGCAUUUUGAUGUAACCGUCGCGAGGACGCCGCGAUAAGGAGGUCCCGGGCUAACAAACAGGCUAACGCGCCUUUGUCAUGGAUCAUUGGCGAUUCCAUGAAGUUUACGAGCUGCCAAGUGUUGUACUAGAGAGAGAAAAGUGCGUGUGCUAAUUGUACCUGCGGGACAAGAGUGUUCGGUGCGCCUGCUCGCGGGCAAAGACAUUUUUUACAAUAGUAGUGCCACCGGGCUAUGGCAAACCUGAACUUUGAACAGCCGCCACGCAGUAUUGCGAACGCAAGUCUCACUUCACGCGCAGCUGGCGGCGGGGGAGGUCUGAACACCGUGGCCCUCGCGGGUCAUGUCACGCCUACCUCGGGCAUGUUCUCAGGCUCGUCUGCGAGCAGUUCGAGUACAGCCAACUCAGCGAUAGUCGCCAACGUUUAUCCCGGAGCGUCGGGGUCUGCCGGCGGACAGAAUAGUCACCAGCAACAACAGCAACUCUCUCCUAUGAGCAGUAGAGGACUGUUUGGGCAGAGAGCUUUUACCGAUAGACGUACGAUGCCUGCUCUUGGAGCUUCGAAUCCGAUGGGUGGUAUGGGCAGUUUCGGAAUACCUCCAAGUCGCAAUUACGGAUCUCAAGGUGCGGUUAACAAUUUCCACUCUGUUUUUGGGAGUGGAGGCGGUGGAGAUACGAGUACUCCACCCUUGUUAGAUCUCUCGGAGUUUCCCUCCCUCACAAAUAGAGGUCAAGGUGAUUCUAUGCCGCAACCUAGUCCCAUGCCGGGAAAACAGCCUUAUGUUGGAAUGGUAAAGCAACCAACAUCCGAGUCGAGCGAAUUUACCAUGAGCUCGGAGGACUUUCCUGCAUUACCGGGGACACAGAACCGAGAAGGUCCGUCACCUGGUGGUAGCAUGUCUGGCGAUAAGAAUAUUCCCGUAGGGCUUGGUCCAGAAAUCGGGCAGGACGUCUUACAGGCCAACAGAGCACCUGGGUCUGAGAAAUCUCAAUCCUCUAAAAGAGGCAUCCAAACGUCGCCCGAUGGCAAGGUGACAAACAUACCGGCGAGCAUGGUGAAGGAUCAAUUCGGCAUGGUCGGACUAUUGACGUUUAUCAGAGCGGCGGAGACAGAUCCAAACUUGGUGUCACUGGCGUUAGGUCAAGAUCUUACUGCAUUAGGAUUGAAUUUGAAUUCACCAGAAAAUCUUUAUCAGAAUUUCGGUGGCCCCUGGGCGGAAACCCCAUGUCGACCGCAGGAUAUAGAUUUUCACGUACCACCGGAGUAUCUUAUAAAUGCCGCGAUCAGGGAUAAGCUAGCGCCAGUUAAACUAAAUCGAUAUAAAGAUGAUCUACUGUUUUAUAUGUUUUAUACAAAUGUUGGGGAUGUAUUGCAAUUAGCUGCUGCGGCGGAACUGUACAGCAGGGAGUGGCGAUAUCACAUGGAGGAAAAGGUUUGGAUAACGCAGGCACCAGGUUUGGGGAUUGUAGAAAAGACGUCGACCUAUGAACGUGGUACUUAUUAUUACUUUGAUGCGCAGAACUGGAGAAAGGUAGCUAAGGAAUUCCAUUUGGAUUAUGCAAAACUAGAAAGUAGACCUCAUCUUCCUUCGAACUUUCACCAAACUCAGCCUUGACUACAGACUUGUCUGCAGACUAUUGUGCUGUCUUUAAGCUGGAAACGAAUCAGCUAUUGUAUAAAUGAACAAAUUUAAUAAUCUUUAAUAAAAACAUAAAAUUUGAAGAGUAA